AGUCUGCGAGCUCGAGCCUCGCUAGCAGCUCAAUUAUGGUGCGCGUGCGGUCCGCGGUCUCCCGCCUUUACUCCGCGCUGCGCUGCCUGUGAGGGAAAUUCAGCCGAGAGCUGCAGAGCCGUGAAGUAUGAGCACAGAAGACAUGGUCUACCGGCCCGCGGCGCUGAAGUUCACCAUCGAUAACAUCCUCAACAGGGACUUCGACGGAGUUCGCUGUAAACUGCGGCUGGACGCGGAGAGCCGCCGCCCGCCGUGCGGAGAGCGGACACGGCUGACCGCGCAGCCCGUCCCCGGACAAACAGCGUCCAAAGGACUCGGAGCCGGAGCUGAAGCUGAAGCUGAAGCGGACUCUCGGAGCCUCAGCGUGGACGAGGAGGACGAGCCGAGGGAGGGCGACAAGUGUCCGAAAAGCGAGGACGACGACAGCCAUGAACUUGACGUUAAAAGCAGCAAGAAGAGCAGACCGCUCACCAAGAAGAAGACGCGCACCAUUUUCUCCAAGAGGCAGAUCUUCCAGCUGGAGUCCACCUUCGACAUCAAGCGCUACCUGAGCAGCGCGGAGCGGGCGUGCCUGGCCAGCUCGCUGCAGCUCACAGAGACGCAGGUGAAGAUCUGGUUUCAGAACCGCAGGAAUAAACUGAAACGGCAGCUCUCCACGGACUUCGAGGGGCCGUGCUCUGCGGAGCAUCUCUCCGAGGUGGCGAAGGUGAUGCAGCUGCAGAGUCCGUACAAAGACAGUGUCGGGGGCUCCGUGCUGGGGGGAUGCUUGUUACCGAUGCCUGUCCCGGUGAUGUACCACGGAAGCACGACGCCUUACCUGUACUUUUCAAACGCCAGCAAGUAUUUCAGCGUUUUCGAUGGAGACGCGUGACUCUCCGGCUGGUCCGGCUCGGAGGCCGGUUAUGAAACAUUGGGGAUCCCAGCUGUGGAAAGUACGUAUCCGCUGAAACGAGCCCGUUCAGUGGGUGAUUAGCUGCACACAGUCAUUUAUAACGGCUGUUUCCUAUGCAAUAUGUAAAUAAGGGAUAUCCCAAAAACACCCGCGCUCUUUGUUCUUUUCCUUUUUCUUUUAUUUUUUAAGGCUCUUCCACGCAUGUGCCACUUUGUCAGCUGUAAACAUGAAGCACACACUGUCAUGUGUAAAAGUUUGGACACCCUGGUCAGAUUAGGUGUUGUUUUAUUUUUUUCCAGCUGAAAGUAAGUUGACACAUUCUCCGCACUUAAAUAUGGCAUUUUUCUGCACACUUUACAGCACAGUUUCUAUUGAUUUGUUGAGUUUGAGAUUAAAACAAAAUUAAUUUGAUGUUUUAUUAUUUUUUUAUAAUAUGUUAAACCCAGUGAAAAAGCAGUAAUUGUGUGUAAAAAUGUGAAGAGGUUUGUUCUCUGUAGAGGAUAUUUAACUUAUUUUCACUUAGAAAAUCAACAAAACGUGGGAUCUGACCGGGGGGUUUACUUUUGCUAUGACUGUGUUUUAAAACAUAUGAAGCUCUGUUAUAAUACAAUAAAACCCUGUGGUGAAAACUA